UCUGUCUUCAAUGCAAUACAUUUUUAUUUUAUUAUUGUUUUUUUUUUUUCUUUCUCAGUUUUCUAUCCGAUUUUGAUAUCCUCCACCAUCCAACACCCUCUCUUCUCUCCCCUUUUCUCACUGUUCUUGCCUUUCUUCGUUUUCUACCAGGAGGAAAGGGAACAUUAAAUCGAAUAAAAAGCACCCCCGUAUCCAACAUGGUCUCUUUCUUUCUCUAUUUAUUUUGACCCACUCAUACCUUGAUUAUCCAAUUAGAUCGGCCGUUUUCGUUUCAUCUGGGGGUGCGCGAAUUUCUGGGACUAAUCAAUUGCCAAUGCUGCAUUAGGGGAAUUGGUACUGCAAGAUUCUUACUGAUUAUCAAGGAUUGGGUAGUGGUGCAUACCUGUUCUGUACGCCAAUCGAGAAGGUUAGGGCAUAAGAUUAAGAAGCACCUACACAUUGGCUUCUUAGUUACACAUUGACUUUAUCAAUAGAUGACCUUCCCGUGUUGAGCGCUGCUAAGUUUAGUGCCUGGCUUAUUGGUGGUUUAUUGAGGGAUUAAUUUCAUAUAUUUAAUUAUUUUGUGCGGGAAAUCAAUAGCUUCCUUCAAUGCAAGGGCAGAGAGGUACAGUUGGUCCAAUGCCAGAAACCUUAGAAUUUGAUUGUGGCUCUACGCCAGGUAAUUCGACUGUGGAUCAGCAGAUUUGCUGGAAUAAUGUGAAUCCUGCAGAAAAUCAAAUACCUGAUUAUAUACUUUCUCCUGGUAAUAUGAACUCAUCUUAUGUGAAUUCCAUUGAUCAUGAAUGGCAAAAUUUGAGUGGAUGGAGCUUAGGGGAGCCAAGUUCUAGCAGUACCCCAAAUGAGAUUAACAAUAAUGAGCCGAAACGAGAACUUGGAUGGACAUCAGCCAUUACUGCUGGUGCGUUGCCUGGUGCAAGGCUAGAAGAAAGGCGCCUUGAACCAACCAAUACACUUUCUCUAGACAAUGAUAACACAAGUCCUGUGUACAUGCGCAGUCCUGAGUCUCGUUUAAUGUCCCAGAAUCUCAACCUAAAUGCAGGUUUAGCGGAUAGUGGCGAUGAUAAUAGUCAACAUCUGGAGCUUUCUGACUUACACAUGUCUAGUGGGUCAUCAAACGAGUGCUUGCCAUCUAAUGUUGGAUCUGGUUCUUUUUUGCUUCCUUCUGCAAAUAGUGGCUUCCUGGUCGAAGGUUCUGAUGGUAGGCCAAGUUCUCUUGAUACACGACGAGUCUCUUGUAAAAGAAAGGCUGUUGAAGGAAAUAAUGGACAAUCUUCAGAUGCUGGAAGUUCUAGCUACAAUCAGCAUGCUGAUGGUAGUGUUUGGCAUGCGAUUCCUACUCAGGAUAAUGCUGGAAGCAGUUCAAACAGAGCUGUAUCCACAGAGCAGGUGAAUGCAAGACUUGGCCUGGGAAUGGGGAAUGAAGCAUCUGAAAACGUUCCUGAUUCAAACAUUGCAGGAAGCUCAGAAAGCUUUCACAGGAAUUUCCGGUUGAGGUUAAAUCCUUUGAGUCAACAAAAUUCCGUUCCUCCCGCUGCAUUCUCAACUGCGAGCACGAUUAGGCAGUCUGGUGUUUCUUCAUCCUCUCAAGCAUCACAAAGGUUUCAUUCCGUUGAUAAUUCUCUGAACUUGAGAUCAGCUCCACCAAUAGAUAACGUGGUUCCUCAAAGCCAGCCACUUGUAAUCCAUGUUCCUGCUUUGCCUAGGAAUAGGCAAUCGUUUAGAUGGAAUGGUGGUUCUAGCUCAAGAAAUAUCCAUGCAUCAAACCCAGUUAUGUGUGCCGACAGAGACCAAGAAGAUGCAAACUCAAGGCGAAUGUCUAGAAAUAUUUUGGAACAUCCCGUCUUUGUACCUGCAACUGAUUUAAGAAAUUUGGUUCAAAAUCCAACAGUUAGAGCUUCAAGUUCAAGUAGUGAAAAUUUAAGUAUUCCAGGAAAUGUCUCUUCAUCACGGACUGGAUCCAAUCCAGCUACAAACCCCGCUCCUGCCUCAAAUUGGGUAUCUCGUCCUAAUCCUCCACAACAUCCACGGAGGCUAUCUGAAUAUGUCCGUCGGUCCUUGUUUUCUCCUGGUUCUGAUCCUAUUGGAAAUCCAAGCAAUGCUUAUUCUUCCUUGCGUACUGCUCUUUCAACCUCUGAACCAAGGCCAUUAUCAUCUGGGACUGGGGCAAAUCCAAGAUCAUCUCCAUGGAUGGAUAGGCAAGGGGAAAGUGAAUUUGGAAUUCCUUAUUCACUGCGUGCUCUGGAUGUUGCAAGUGAAGGGAGUAGUAGAUUUGUAUCCGAGCUCCGGAAUGUGUUGGGCAUUAUGCGUAGAGGUGGGAAUGUGCGAUUCGAGGAUGUUGUGAUCCUUGAUCAUCAGUCGUUUCUUUCUGGAAUAGCUGAUGUUCAUGAUCGACACAGAGAUAUGCGACUUGAUGUUGAUAACAUGUCUUACGAGGAGUUAUUGGCUCUGGAAGAGCGCAUUGGAAAUGUGAGUACUGGAUUGAGUGAGGAAGCCGUAUUGAAAUUCUUGAAACAGAAAAAGCACUCGGUUGAAACAGAAUCUCAGAUUGAUGCAGAACCCUGUUGUGUUUGUCAGGAAGAUUAUGGUGAUGGAGAUGAUAUCGGAACGCUUGACUGCGGCCAUGAUUUCCAUAGUGACUGUAUCAAACAGUGGCUAAUGCAUAAGAAUCUGUGUCCUAUUUGUAAGACAACAGGCUUGGCAACAUGAUGUCUGUGACUCUAUCCUCGGGCAAUAACCAUGAUCAUGAAGAGAAAAAUGCACAAUUUACCCAGGAAAUUCUGGUGCUUUGCUGCUGCCUUGUCAUCAUACCUUUUUUUUUUUUUUAAUCUGUAGCCUAGUAAAUUGUCGUACCUGUCUGACAAAGGUUUCCCCUACACUCCCUCCCUGGAAUUUGUUAUAUCAUUUUGUUUAUUUAUCUAAAAGCCAAUUAUCACCCGGUUUAGGUGAUGGAUUGGUUUGGAUGAAGGAGCAAUUUCUUAACUCAAGUUAACAAGGCUUGCUUUCGUUUA